AUGGCCUGUUGUCAAGCUUUUCAAAAGCGUGCUAGAUUAGCAUGUUUAAAAUUAAGACCAACAUGCUCAACUUUAUGUUUGCCCUCCAUAACAAAACUGUUAUGUUACUUUACCAUUAUACCCCUUAUAUUUUUUUUUUACUACUCAAUUUUAGAAAAGUAUUUUGAUAAAUUAUCACUUACUACUGAACCUCCUUACCAUCAAUAUACUACAGACUUAAACUCUAGAUGGAAACCUAGUCUACCCUCAAAUUUAACUGUAGUUUCUAUAAUUAAAAAUAAUGACAAUGUUGAAUUACAAUUGAACUCUAUAUUUAGUCAAACAAUUAUGCCACAAGGCAUGAUUAUAAUUGCCUCCAAAAAUACAGCUAAAAAAGUCAAACAUGUCAUUAAAGAGAAUGAUAAAUACAGUGGUUUUGAUGUAUGGAUACAUGUUAUGGAAACAAACAAAUUUAGAAUCAUUGAAUCACGAAAAUUUGAUAAUAAUUCUUCGACUUCAUCAUCUACACCUGAUUCUGUUAUAUCAAACGAUUUUAUCUCACAACCUCCACUGAUCGGGUAG